AUGCGCAUCAAAUACAUCGGGUUUGCGUGCGCCCUGGUGGGCAUCUAUCUGUUCCUGAAGCUCAUCGUGUACGAACGAUGCAUGAAGGCAAGCAUCAACAGUUACAGCGUACUGGCUGACUUCAACCGCGAACGAUCGGCGAAGGAUACCGGGCGAAUUCUGUACGUGCUGCUGUACACCAGCUUCUUCGAGCAAAGUCAGUGGGGUUUGAUGGCGGAAACACUCGGGCCGGACUACUUCCGUAUGAAGUACUGUCCAGAGACGAAAUGUGUGCUGACGAGCUACCACAAUCUGCUGCCGUCUGUGGCUGACUAUGACGCACUUGUGUUCCACGUGGCGUCAUCCUGGGAUCGGCCUUUACCGGACGUUCGAAGACCUCAGCAGGUGUACGUAGCUGCCGUGAUGGAAUCGCCGGCUCACACGAAGCACAAGCUCGAACUGGAGGCGAACUACUUCAACUGGACGAUGACGUAUCGGCUCGAUUCGGACGUGCUGUUUAACUACAAGAACAUCGUCGAGCUGGAGAGUGGUGAGGUGAUCGCACCGGCAUUCCGUCCAGCCUGGCGGAAUGGGUUCGAUAACUACACCAACGCGACAUUGGAGGCCAUCGUCUCCCAGAAGCGCCGAAUGGCCGCCCAGUUUGUGUCACACUGUGGGGCUUUAUCGGAACGAGAUCGAUUGGUGCAGAAGAUGCAGUCCGCCCGUUUGGAAGUAGACGUUUACGGUUCCUGUGGGCCUCUGACAUGCCCUCGGGGCAAACCUGAGUGUGAUCAGAUGCUGGACACGGUGUACUGGUUCUACCUAUCGUUCGAGAACUCGCUGUGUGUCGAUUACGUUACCGAGAAGCUGUACAACGCGCUUGAGCAUGACAUUGUGCCUGUUGUGUACGGUGGAGCUGAUUACAACCGCUUCAUGCCACCUGGCUCGUACAUCGACGUACAGGACUAUGAAACAGUGGAUGCACUGGUGGAGCAUCUGCGAUAUCUCGUCGACAACCCGUCGGAGUACGUGCGGUACUUCUGGUGGAAGGAGCAUUACGCGCUUGAGGAUACAAGCUCAUUUUGCGACCUGUGCGUGAAGCUGCAUAGCGUGGGCGCACAGGAAAAGGUGCAGUACUACCGGGACGUCAAGACCUGGUGGUACGCCGAUGCAUGCACCGCAAAGCCAAAGAUUGCAUUCUGACAUAAAUCAAUCAACCGCAGUGAGCGCAAAGCGUAUGUGAUCCAAACACGCUUAAAUGAGGUGUGUUGUACCCAACGUACUUAUUGCAACUAUGUGUAAGGACUCUGUGUAUACAUUAAGCUGAUCAUCUACUAUUCUUACCCCAUGAUAAACGCGAGGAAAUACUUUUCCAAAGCAGGAGACGUAUGUUUUAGAGUUAAAAAGCGAGCGCCGCAUUC